UACUGUAUUCUCCUUUAGGGAUAGCCUGAGUGGGAAUCUGAGGAGAAUGCACCUUUAUUUAUUAAUUUUUUAAAACUCAGGUUAAGGAUUUAAAGUUAGGGAUUGAAAAUUUGACUUUACUGUAGGUUCUGUUAUCAGAGUUGAACUGUCCAUCAAAUUCUAAAGCAAGGGUGAGAACCUCUGUUAUGGUCUUCUGUGUCUUUAAGAAUGUUUUCUUCAGGCUUCUGUUGGGCUAGGAGGCCAUUUAGGAUGCUGAAAAGACCAACCCCAUUGUUAAUUAGCAUCACAAAGGGCUAGGUGGAGUGGUUUAGAGCAGGUUUUGCGUUUUGCCUUAUUAAGUGGCGUGGCUCUUAGUUUUGGAGUCAAGGAAUCUAGAAUGAACCACAGGACUUGGCUCCUCCAGGAGCUUGCUAGAGGGAGAAGGGGCAUCAGUGACAUUUUAUGUAAGUAACCACCCUGGGGUGGUGCAGCGAAAUUCUGUAGAACUUUGCCCGUUGUCUACCCCAAGCCACCUGACCCUUCCCCUUCUUUCCUUUCCAAAAAUAUAUAUGAAGUUUAGUAAAUAUAGUGUUGAUUGUAUUAAUGAAUACAUUAAUAAUUUAAAACUUUCCAUUUUUCAUUUAAAACAUUAGAUGAAUGUAAGCUGUUAUGAGUCUCCUCUUCAAUUCAGUUUCAUUGCUUUUUACUUAUUUACAGUCUUCAAAUAAAUUUUUUUGUUUCUUUCCACUGUGGUUUGUGGCUGUCAGGCAGAAAACUUCGGGUGAAAAUUAUCUGAUGAAAAGCUCUGUCCAGCAGAAUUAUAGUUAGUAUGUCUAGACUUAGAAUUUUAAUUUUUGCAGAGCAUGAUUGCCCUGGAUGGAUAUAUACAUAUAUAUAUAUGUAUUUUGGCUAAGGUAACAUGCCCAUCCUUCAUUCUUGACCUUUAGUCUUGUUCCUUGAAACUCACCUUAUUGUUGGACACUUAUCUUUGAGGUCGUGAUGUCUCGGGAGACAGAUGUGGAGUGUCAGCAGUCCCAUGGCAGUGCCUCCCCGCAGUCCCAUGCCAGCGGUACCUGCUCUCAGUCCCAAAGCAGCUUCUCGCAGUCCCAUGGUCCCUCCUCACAGACACACGGCUCCUCUUCACAGUCUCAGGGCGUGUCCAGCUCCUCCACCAGCACAGUGCCCACGUCCAGCCAGUCUUCUCACUCCAGCUCGGGCACGCUCAGCUCCUUAGACACAGUGUCCACUCAGGAACUGUGUUCUAUUCCCGAGGACCAAGAACCUGAGGAGCCUGUCCCUGCUCCCUGGGCUCGAUUAUGGGCCCUUCAGGAUGGAUUCUCUAAUCUUGAGUGUGUUAAUGACAACUACUGGUUUGGGAGGGAUAGAAACUGUGAAUACUGCUUUGAUGAGCCCCUGCUGAAAAGAACCGAUAAAUACCGGACUUACAGCAAGAAACACUUUCGGAUCUUCAGAGAAAUGGGUCCUAAAAAUUCUUUCAUCGCAUACAUAGAAGAUCACAGUGGAAAUGGAACCUUUGUAAAUAGAGAGCUUGUAGGGAAAGGAAGACGCCUUCCUCUGAGUAACAAUUCUGAAAUUGCACUUUCAGUGUGGAGUAAUAAAGUUUUUGUAUUUUUUGAUCUGACUGUAGAUGAUCAGUCAGUUUACCCUAAGGAAUUAAGAGAUGAAUACAUCAUGUCAAAAACUCUUGGAAGUGGUGCCUGUGGUGAGGUGAAGCUAGCUUUCGAGAGGAAGACAUGUAAGAAAGUAGCCAUAAAGAUCAUCAGCAAAAGGAAAUUUGCUAUCGGCUCUGAGAGAGAGGCUGAUCCAGCACUCAAUGUUGAAACAGAAAUAGAAAUUUUGAAGAAACUAAAUCAUCCUUGUAUCAUCAAGAUUAAAGACUUUUUUGAUGCUGAAGAUUAUUACAUUGUUUUGGAAUUGAUGGAAGGAGGAGAGCUGUUUGACAGGGUGGUGGGGAAUAAACGCCUGAAAGAAGCUACGUGCAAACUCUAUUUUUACCAGAUGCUCCUGGCUGUCCAGUACCUUCACGAAAAUGGCAUUAUUCAUCGGGACCUAAAGCCAGAGAAUGUUCUACUCUCGUCUCAGAAAGAGGACUGUCUUAUAAAGAUUACUGAUUUUGGGCAGUCUAAGAUUUUGGGGGAGACCUCUCUCAUGAGAACCUUAUGUGGUACCCCCACCUACCUGGCUCCUGAGGUUCUUAAUUCCUUUGGGACUGCUGGAUAUAACCAUGCUGUGGACUGCUGGAGUUUAGGAGUUAUUCUUUUCAUUUGCCUUAGUGGGUAUCCACCUUUCUCUGAACAUAAGACUCAAGUGUCACUGAAGGAUCAGAUCACCAGUGGAAAAUACAACUUCAUUCCUGAAGUCUGGGCGGAGGUUUCAGAGAAGGCUCUGGACCUCGUCAAGAAGUUGUUGGUUGUGGAUCCGAAGGUGCGUUUCACGACAGAAGAAGCUUUAAGACACCCGUGGCUUCAGGAUGAGGACAUGAAGAGAAAAUUUAAGAAUUUGCUUUUUGAAGAAGAUAAGUCAACAGCUCUGCCCCAGGUCCCAGCCCAGUCAUCCACAAGUCGAAAGCGGCUCCACGAAGGGGAAGCAGGGGACGCCGACACCACAAAGCGCCUGGCUGUGUGUGCGGCUGUCUCGUGAAUACUGGUUGGCCACGGAAGAAAUGUGCCUUCUUGAACCGUGCUGUCAUUUUGUUUAAAUCUGCUGUAUAUAUUUUGUAUUUUCAUGAUGGGAACAAUUGCUUUUUCACAAUCAUUGAUACAGAAUUCAGAACCUAAUGGAACCUGGGCUUCAUGCUUCUGCCUGUAGGUCAGCCCUUACAUACCUUCAGUGUGUAUGUCUUUGAAGUUGUUAUAUGCCUUUUGUCUGGUGCUCCACCUUGGCUGUAACCAGGCAGCUUGGUGAGCUGUGUACAGAUUCUAAAGGCCACUCAGAAAGUUGCAGGGAAAAGGGCACAGUGAGUCGCAGUGGGGUUUGUAGAGACUGGCUGCCUCCCUCCUCACUAGAUGGUAGGUACCUUGGUGCAUAUACCACGGGCCAGCUUUAGAGUCACAUUCUCACUCUCAUAGUCCCUGAAACCAAAGGGCCAGAUGAGGUGCAAAAUUUUAAAACUUCUUGAUUUUAGCAAGAGGACCAGGCACAUUGACUAUGUUAUACAUAAUACCCAGCUGAGCCAAACACUUCAAUAUUUCUGCAACAAAUAUCCACAGGAAAAGGACAAGGAAAACUUUAAGUAACCUCUUGUCCCCUCAGGUCAGUCUUUUCUGUCACAUGAGUUAUAGAGGACGCUACAGUUUCAGAGCUGUUCAGAUUUUGGAAAUGCAGAUAAGGCAUGUGAACAUGUCAUGUUGACCCAAUGAUGACUGAGGAUGCCCUGUGUAAAGCCCUUUCCUAGGUUGGUCUUGUCUAGUCCUCAGUGAUUCUAUGUGCAAGGUCCUCUGAUCACCCUCAGGUUAUAGGUGAGGAGCCCAGGCUGAAGGAGUAAAAUGACUUAUCCAUUGUCACCCAGCUAAGAAGUGGCAGAGCUGGGACCUAAACCAGGGCUUUCUGACUCAAAUUCAUGUUCCUCAUCUCCUUAGUCCCAUAUUCAGUCAGACUCAUGGAUGUUGACUCACAUUGACAAAAUUCACAUGAGACUGAUGUCUAAAUCUUGAGUGCCAGUUUGUUCAAUCAGGGUAAGUGGGUACAACCCCAUGUGGAAGUUGGGAACAAAGGAACAAAGGCACAUUCAAAUUACUUCAUGGAAAGGGGGAUUUGUUUCAACAUUACAGAUAGCUGAGGAUGGGAGUCAUCAGGAGUCUAGGCAGAUCCAAUAGCUGUCUCGUCUUUUUCUGACCCACUGAUUUUGCUUCUCUUGUAACUUUGGCUGGUUGACGUGAAGCCACAUUGUAGCUUGCUGACCAUGCCAUGAGUUGAGUGCUUUGGUUCAGAUGCCACUAGUGAGCAGCCAGGGUAGGGUGGGGGCACACAGCUGAUGCCCCAGGCACUGAGGGUGGUGGUUGGCAACUUCCAUUAGAAGGGUGUGCAAGCGAGCAUUCUGAGGCUUGGCUGGUCUGCUGAGGGCUAGAUGGGGAGUUAGGUGGUUUGCAUACUUAAAGGAAUGAGGCUGAGAUUGCCAAGUUAAAUGGGUUUUAGCUCAUUUGAAUAUUUAAUGUGAAGGCUGUGGUUUCUUAGGGCAUUUUUCCCUCUUGGGGCAGAGUCAGCCAGCCCUUCUCUGUUUCCCAAGUACUUCGUAUCAGCUCCCUCUGAUUAUACCUACUGUGGUAGGGUGAAUAAUGGUCUCCAAACAUGUUCCCAGCUUUAUUCCCAGAAUUUAUGAAUAUGUUCCUUUACAUGGCAAAAGGGACUUUGCAGGUGUAAUUAAGUGAAGAAUCAUGAGAUAGGAAGAUUAUCCCAUUUUAUCUAGGUGGCCCAAUGUCAUCACAAUGUUUCUUUUAAGAGGCACAGGAAGAGUCAGAGUCAGAAGAGAUGGAGUGGUGUUCUUUGAAAACAGUGGAAGGGGCCACAAGCCAAGGAAUACAGGCAGCCACUGGAAGCUGACAAAAAGCAAGGCCCCUCAGAGCUCUCUGCAGGAACCAGUCCUUUACGUUACACCUUGACUUUAGCCAAAUGAAACUAAUCUGAUUUCUGACCUGCAGAACUGUAAGAGAAUAAAUAUGUGAUGUUUUAAGCCA